UGAACCGACGACCAACAAAUACGUGUGUGGAUCAAAAAUUUUCGUCUGCUCUAAUAGUGUUUGAUCAUAGUUGGUUCGCAUGCACACUUGCACGGCGUUUUUUAGAUAAAUUUUUUGUAAUUUUAAUCAAUCGUUUUUCCACACAUAAUUCAUUUAGCCAUUGAAUUAAAAAAACAUUUAAAACUCUUACAAAUUAACCGUUCCGAUCGAAAAUGUGUACCGCAAAUUAUUUCAAUGUUUUCCACGAAGACAGUGGGGCAAAACAUUAAAUUGUGAAGAGCCGUGAAAAAAAAAUGUUGAAUUUGGAAAAUCGUGUGUGAUGAACAAUGUCUUUCUUGCAUUGUUCGGUCGCGAACGUCGUGUUUCAUCUUGUGAAAUAAGAAAGGAAAAGGAAGAAAAAAAAUUUGUAGGAAAAUGGAGUACGUCUGUAUGAAUGGAUAUAAAAAUACCUAAAAUAAAUGUCUGCAAAAGUGGUCUUGCCUAACUCGUUCAAUGGAUUAUUUUUUUUAUUCAACAUUCAAAGACGAGAAAUCUAAAAAAGUGAAAAUAACAUUGCAACAACCCAGAAAUGAACUGUUAGAUCUGAACCAGAAAACCCUAAUAAAAAAGAGAACUUAACAAUCAAAAUAUUUAAAAAAAAAUCAUGGACAAAGAUAUAAUUGUGUUGUGAAAAUUAGUUUGAAUAUAUUUAUUUACAAAAUAUAUUUUACUGAAAGUAACGUAGCGAAAAACACACACUUUUUAGUGAUGUUAAGAUCGACAUAAUAAUAACAAACAAACAAAAAAGUUAAAAAAGAAAAUUAUUAAAACCAACUCCAAUUAAAAUACGUUUUGAGAUUGAUAAAAAAGUUGCUAAUAAAAAAAGGAAAGAGAAGAAAAAAAAGAAAGAAAAAAAAAACCGAAAUAAGUGUGCACUGAUUUUAAUCCAACCGAAAUUAAAACUCUCUCGCUCUUUCAUUCUCGCAUCUCAGCUCAAAAAUUAAACCAUAAAAAAUCAUCAGUGUUGAACAAUCCACAAAACACAUUUAUAAUGUUAAAAUAAAUGUUAAAUUGAGGAAUGGUUGUAUACAUUACAAUAAAUAUGAAACAAUUUUUUCUUUCAAUUUCAGUUUAACGAAGAAGCAAAAAAAAACACACACAUAAUCGUGGGAAGUAAUUAUACGAUUUUUAAAUAAAACCAUAAAACAUAAUAUAUAAAAAUAAUAAACAAAGCGAUAAUUUUGUUCUUUUAUUUCUCUCUUCUUCUGAGGAAAUAAAAAAAAAAUAGAGAAAAAAAACGGAGUUCUAAUUGAUAAACAGAACGUCUUCAUACUAUGAUCUAAUUAAUGUCUUCGAUUUCUUUUCGUUUUUUUUUUUAAAUUGUUUUGUUUGACUUAACGGUUAAAAACAAAGAGUGAAAAUGUUUUCCCUCGUACGAUGAUGAUUUAGAAAUUCUUUUUUCUCGAGUGGUUGUGAAAUAAUAAUAAAAAAAAAUUAUUAUGGAAAUAAAGCAGAAAUAAUUAAAUAAUUAAAUGAAAUAAAUAAAUAAAUUAACCGUCCUCUUUAUAAAUUAUAAAAUAAAAAAAUUAAAAAGGAAAAAAACGUAACUUUUUUAAGCUAUUCUAUUCUUCAAAAUAACAAUUUUUGUGAUUUCAAAUUUCUAUAUACUUAAAAAAAAACAAAGAAUUAAAAUUGCAAAUUAGGUUUAUUUAAUCAUCUAGUAAUUAUUAAACCAAAAAAAAAAACAAGAUAAAUGUUGAACUUUCAUAAAUAUUGUGUGUAAAAUACUAGUUAAAUGUUUCAAAUAAAAAGAAAUGGGAAAAAAUGAUGAACAAAAAAUUUAAUAAAAAUUGCUAUGAAAUUCAAUGAGUGAAAAUGUGCCAAAUAAUCAUAAGUAUUGUAUUUAAUCAAAUGAAUGUACAAAAUAUUGUGUUACUGUCGUAUACAAGUUUUUACACGAUCUAGUUUCAAAAAUUGAUUUCAAUUCUAAAAAGAAAAGAAGAAAAACAGAAAAGAAAAUUAUCGGAAUAAAAUAACCGAAAAUACGCAACAACAAAAAAAAAAUAUACGAAGAAAAAGCAUAAUUUCCGGCAUGGAUUACCUUAGCAGAAAUUCCGAUUCGGUCUAAAAGGAUUUUAUAAUAAGGCUCUAGCAUUAUAUAAAUCUUGGCGCUCAAUGGCUGUAGUAAAUUCGGUUCAAGGAGGACUCAGGCUUCCUCUGACAGGAUUAGCACCUCCUCGAGUGUUAAUGUGCAGUGCAUCGAUGGGUGCAGAGGGAUCGGUAACGCUACAGUUACGUGAGGCUGUACAGGCUCCGGAUUCCGCAUCAUCUAUAGAUGGAUCGUUAACGAUCGGAUAUCCGGAUCCGGAAAUGCUGGCCGACAUGCUGGGAUCAAUACAGGCUGCUGCUGGAACCGGUGAGGUCACUUCAUUUGAUAUAUUAGACAACCGAGAAAACGAUAUUACGAAUGCUGUUUUGAACAAAUCGUCUGCAACCAGUCAAACACAAACAUCCGGUUCAUGUGAUACAGCGAUAACAAACAACAUCAUUAGCAACAAAAACAACAACAAUAACAAUAAUAAUAACAACAACAACAAUAAUAGUAGUACUAACAACGAACUUUCAGUUCCGGCUCCAAAUCAACCCGUUGUAAAAAAAGCAAGACCGAAAACAGCAUCUCCGACGAGGCACGGUCCUCAGCAAUGUCAGGUUUGCAGCAAAGUAUUUGGUAAUGCUUCAGCUCUUGCUAAGCACAAAUUAACUCACAGCGAUGAAAGGAAAUAUGUUUGUGGAAUGUGUUCAAAAGCAUUUAAGCGACAGGAUCAUUUAAACGGUCAUAUGCUUACCCAUCGAAAUAAAAAGCCUUAUGAGUGUAAAGCGGAAGGUUGUGGUAAAUCUUACUGUGAUGCUAGAUCAUUACGAAGGCAUACAGAAAACCAUCACAGUUCAUUAGCAAUGACCCCAACGACGCCCAAUCAAUCGAUGUCAUCAUCAACAGGACCACCAACUGGGCUGAGCUUAUCUCCUGCCACAGCUAGUGGCGAUGCAAGUUCGCCUCAUGGUGCCACUUGUAUCCAAUUUAAUGGCGGAGAGCCAUCAUCACCAUCUUCACCAGCUGGUGCAGGAAAUGAAGGACUAACACGACAACAACUGGAUCUCAUUAGUCAAAUUAUGCAACAAACGAAACAAGCGAACGCUGGAAUAACGGCUGCAAAUGGACAAAGGCAAACACAACGGCCGCGAACAUGGAAUAUGCAGACUCAGUUACAACAGUCCCAAUCGAAAAAUUCAACAAACUCUGAUGGUACGACUUCAUCACAACAACUCGGAACGAAAGUCGAACAGAAACCGGUAGAAUGCAAUCUUUGCCAUCGGAAGUUCAAAAAUGUUCCAGCUUUAAAUGGACACAUGCGACUACAUGGCGGUUACUUCAAAAAAGAUGCUGAGACUAAAAAAUGUGAUAAGAAAGAGUCACCGAAUCCACCGCUACAAACUGCUAGUGUCGGCAUUCGAGCACUAAUAGAAGAGAAGAUUAUCAACAAACGCAGCAAGGAUUUAAAGGGGUCAUUUGUCGUACCUGCUCCACCGUUAGCAGUGCGUCGAGUAACGGAAUCCGAAUCUUUUAUGACUCAAAAGAAUUUAAACGGCACCGGCUCAACAAUACAGGCAACUAUUGUAACGUCGGCCGCAUCGCAGACAACCACGAUAGCGAAUGUUUCCUCUGCCACCACAACAAUAGCUACGACUGUUCCUUUGUCUCCACAAAAGCUUUCGAUUUCGUCAUCUCCACAGCUGGAAGGAAAAGACGCAACGCUAAUAGAGCUGUUGAAAAGAGGAACUAAAGUAGCAGUUAAACGAACUUGUUCGGAUCCCGGCCAUUUAACAUUUAACUCAUCGUCAGCCAAUCAGACUACUACAGUUAUUUUACCCACCAAUUCACUUCCAUCUACUCCAAACUCUACACCACCAUUGGCGAUUUCUUUAUCCGGAAGUAACAAUUCUACAUCCACACCGCUGUCGCUGACAAUAUCACAGGCGCCUAGCGAUUCUGGUGACGUGUUCACAUUAUCCUACUCCGCAGACACCACUUCUGCGUCAUUUUUCGGUGACAGUGAUGUUUAUAAUGUUCCCGAUACCGCGAUGCUCUUACAGGCGGUUGAUUCCAUUCAGCUUUUACAAGAUACGACAACAACAAAUCAUCUAGAUGAAAUCACUCCACUAGCGGAUUACACUGUGUCCGAGAAUGGCGAUUUAACCGAAUCGGCCAUUCUAACUCGAUAUACGCCAUCCCGACAAUUACAAGCGGUCUUAAAUUCACCACUUCCAGAAAGUCUUGCUGAAUUUAGUACACUUCAUUCCAAAGAUUUUAUAUUGUAUGGUUGCACCAGUACCGGAUCUCCGACCACACAAUCAUCGGGCUCGCCACUGCCAUCGCCGCUGGCCUACCCAACACCUCCAGCCAGUCAUGAAACUAUUGCUCAGGCAUCUCCAUUUUUAGAUGAAUCGCAUCAUUUUUCCGAUGCUAAUUCAUUUUUCGAUGACAAGAAAAAUAUCAACUUCCUCGAGGGAAACGUGAGCAAUUUCUUCAAAGACCCGAAAGACUCUGAACUCACCGACAAUGAACGCAUAUUGAAAUUGAAAAACGAACUCUUCAACGAUUCCAAAUCCGUUAUGGAGGAACACAUUUACUUCAAAACCGAACCGGAUGACGCAUACGAAACCAAAUCGUCGGACUUAUUGGUUGGUAGUAAUCAGCACGACCGAAGCAUUGUCGAAUUCAGUCAGAAUUUAUCGUUUUUGGAUGAGCCGCAGAAUUAUCUCGACGAUGCUCGAAACACGUCGUCGCCCUUAUCAGCGGCAUUUUUCACUGGUACUAUGUCCAGUGCAGAAGAGGUUAAAGAGGCUCUGGAAGAAGUGCUACCGAACGAAAAUGGUUCUUGCGAAAAUGCAAACGACAAUGAUAUCGACCUAUAUUACUUGCCCGCAUUGGCUUUGCAAUCACAAAUGAUGUUAAAUUCGGAUGAUCCAUUGCUGUCGUCAUCGCCGAAAGAUUUUAUUCACAAGCAGCAAGUUCACAAGUUCGAUUUUAAUGUGUUCUGUCCACCCAAUGCUAAGAAAAUCAAAAUCGAAGGCGUCGAGGAAACCAAGAAACCGUUGUCCAUUCAAACGGAACAACAUUUGAGUGAAGUGUUCUUGUGUCCAAAUAAUCUAUCGUCGACAGCAACCAGCUCAUCGCCGAAACCAACAAACACUUCAUCGUCAAUUUUACGGAAAAAGCAACCAACGCUAAUCCGAAAAAAUGUGAUGUAUAAGUCGAAACUACGACGGUCGCCAACUUCACACUACACACCAUUUCCAAUGUUAAAUCCAGAUCGUGCUGCAUCCGGCUUAUAUACAUCCACCGUGGCUCGCGAUCACCUUGAAGAUGUCAUCGAUUUCGAUUUUGCUGAAACCGCAUGUGUGCCAGAAUUCCUCAACAAAUCCAACGUGAACAUUGGAUCCGACUUCCAAAUCAAUAUUCCACUUUAUUGUUCGUCACCAACUUCCGACUAUUCCAAUUAUUCCUACGAGCAAUUGCUAUGGGAUCCCAGCAUUGUCAAGAACGAACGGCAAGUCCAACGGUUCGUCGACUUGGCAAAGUCAUCCGCAAUUCCGUUAGGAUGUCAUUCCGAGGAAACUGCGUUGAAAUCACUUUUAGAGGCCAACGGCGAAACGCAUGUGGCCAUAUUAGCAUUGCUACAAACCGCUCCGACGCCACUGCACAAGAGAUGGUUGCAACAUGAAAUCGAAGCAUUUCUGAGAGGGUUAGAAGAGUAUGGCAAAGAUUUUUACAAGAUUGCUAAAGAGAUCUCCAACAAAAGUGUCGCAGAUUGUGUCCAAUUUUAUUAUUUUUGGAAGAAAUUGAACAUAGACUACAAGAUCAGCCAUUUGAACAAUGGUGAUCAACAUGACAACGCCAGUAUGAUGGUAUCAUCACAACAGCACAAUGCCAAUUCUCAUAUUGAAAUUCGUCCUCAUGUCUGCGAAAUGCCAGAUUGUUCAGCGAGUUUCACAUCAAAGGCAGCACUACAUGGUCACACACGAAUUCAUUGUAUCGGACGAAACAUAAAUACGCAGACUAAUAGCGGAGUUCUACAGUCAGGUAGUUCGCAUGGUUUAAUAUCAAGGGAUGAUUAUCCCUGCAAGGUGUGCGGCAAAAUUUUCAACAAAGUAAAGAGCAGAAGUGCACACAUGAAAUCACAUCGGCCUCAGGAUACAGAUACGAGCACAACCUAAAUUUUUGAAGAGGACAACAAAAGAAAACAAAAUCAAUAAAAUAUUGUUCGGAACAAGAAUUUAAAAAGGAAACAAUCAAACAAUAUUAAGAACAAAAAUAAAAUUAAAACAAAAAUGCAACAACAAAACAACUGUAAAUUAGUCAAGGUAAAUAUAGUGACAAUCUAAAAAAAAAUUGAAAAAUAAUGGAAAAAAAAACCAAACAAAACAAAAAAGAACGCAUUUUCUGGAAACAAUGUAAAAAUCACCUUAAAAUAAUGAAGAAAAAAAUGAAAAUUGAAUCGAGUCUAAACAAAUUUUAAAUUUCGAUUCAAUGAUUCUUGGUUCUGUUUCUGUAAAUAUUAAAAGAGAAAUUAUUAUAUUACUAAUCUAACCCAUCUGAGUCGUUUUACGAGAGUGGAAAGGAAAUCGUGUUUUAUUUUUUAAUUUAAAUUAAAUGG